GAGAGUGAGGGGAGAGAGCGAGAGUGUGUGUGUGUGUGAGAGGGGGGUGCAGGAUUGAGAGGAGAGGAGUGAGGAUGGAUCAAGUGCGCACUAUCCUCGCAUGACAAUGAUGACGACUACUUUAAUCUCCAAGACGUAAUAUUAUUUUCACUUCACGUUUCAGGAUAACGGUAUACAACAACCGCAACCUUUCUGAAAUGCAGUGACUUGACGGGAAAGUAACGGUUCUCUUCACCAAAACUACACCAAAGUUUUCAAAUACAACGUGUAUUUAAAAAAAAAUCUUAUUACCUUCAUUGUUUGACAACUCAUUUAUCGUGCUUCAUAACCCCAGCGUAACUUUUUGGAUGGUUUUGGGACAUAUGCCGGAGAGAUGACGGACUUGUUUUGAUAGACUACUUGAACUGUGCUUAAUAUAUGUUUGAAUCGUUGAAUCCGAAAUGGAAUCGUCGCUUAUGUACCUGUUUUUAUCGUUGACGUUACCUGGAGUCAUUUGUAGUGUGUCUUCGAAUCCCUCCCGGAACAAUCUUCAAACCGCUCUGAGCCAAUCCACUUCAAAUGGGGGGAGAGUGGCGAGCAGGCACAGGAACUGGUGUGCUUACGUGGUGACACGCACCAUCAGCUGUGUAAUGGAGGACGGGGUGGAGACGUACGUGAAGCCAGACUACCAGAGAUGUGCCUGGGGACAGUGUUCCAGAGUGAUGGCGUAUCGUACGUACCGGAGGCCCAGGUACAAGGUGGCCUAUAAGAUGGUGACAGAGAUGGAGUGGAAGUGUUGUCAUGGUUACUCCGGGGACGACUGCUAUGACGGUCCAACGGGGACCGGGGACAGCCAGGUCACAGCGGGACGACCCUACGUCACACAGACCGGAUACAACAAUGGAGCUGGGGAGAAGGGAGGAGAGGGUGACAAUGACAAGAUGAGACAGAUGGAGGAGACCAUCCAGAGGUUGACCAAGGACCUCCAUGACAUGCAGUCCACCAUGACGGCCAUGAACCUGAAUCUCCAGGACGGAACUAGGAGGCCAGGCCUGAACGGAGGCAGGACCCCUGCAGAUGCGGCCCAGCCUAUGAAGGAGACCAUCCACAGCAUUCAGACCAAACUUGACCAUCUGGACAAUCGCACGCAGGUCCACGACCAGACCCUGCUGUCCAUCAACAACCACCUGGUCAACGGUAACCGAGGUUCCUGUGGCAACGAGCUGGACGGGGCUGUCACAGGUAAGAUGGACGCCAUGAAGGAGGAGAUCCUACGGGAGCUGGAGAGGAGGGUCAGUCUGUCGUGCUCCUCCUGCCAGAGCGGGGUGGAGGACAUGAGGAGGCAGCAGAAGAGUGACCAGGACAGGAUCAGUGCUCUGGAGAAGCAGCUGAGCUCCAUGGACCAACAUUACCGCCACAACAUGGCCGUCACCAGGAGGGAGAUGGAGCGCACCCAGGGCUGCUGCAACACCCUUACUGAGCUGGACAGGAGACUGACCACCGUGGAGGGGAAGUUUAACACCACAGCACAAGGCUAUGACGUCAUCAGAGAACGCCUGGACAAGGAGCUGGGUGGGGGGUCGGGUGGAGGAGGAGGAGGAGCGAGGACGAAGGUGACGGAGGAGAAGCUGAACGGUAGACUGAGGGAGGUGGAGAGGAGGUUGAACAACACGGUGAGGAAGACAGAGCAGAAGUUUACCAACACAGGAAACAACAUGAAGGACAACCUGCAGAGAGAGGUCACCACCAUCCGCAACAUGGUCCUCAGCCACAUGGACGACCACGGGUACAGGAUAGGCAAGGUGGAGCUGGACCUCACAGUUCUGACGGACACGGUUACCGACCACAGCCGACGUCUGGGUCAACUAGAGAACACAACAAACUUUAUCGACGCCAAACUGUCGUCGACAGCGGACAUGUGCUCCGAGACCUGCGGCCCCAAUGGGAAGGGCCGUAAGACAGAAGACACGGUCAAGACCCUGGAGUGGAGGGUAGAGGCCAACGAGGAGGACAUCCAGAAGUUUGAUACCAGACUCAUGGACCUGUCGCUGACCGGUGACUCUAUGAUAGACAGAGUGGUGAAUCUCAGCAACGACAUCAAGAAGAUCAAAGGGUCGACGGGGGAGCGCUUCAACCAGGUAGUCACGGAGGUGGAGACGCUGAGGCGGAGCGUGGAUGACUGCUCCGUCUGUAGCUCAGUAGAGAAAGACCUGCAGUCGUUCACCAACAGCACCAACAGCGCCCUCGGGAGGUGCCAAGCGGAACUGACCAACCUGCGCAACAGGUUUGAAUCUGAGGAGUCCUCCUGCUCCCAGCAGUGCUCCAACCUGCAGGAAGGGGUGUGGAGGCUGAGGGAGGAAGUGGAGGAGUGUACAGGGAAGUGUGACACCGGCCUGACGGACCUAAAGAAAAACCUAGACGGACGUACAACCCUCAACGAACGGUUGGGAACGGACCUGAAAUCCAUCCAGGGAGAACUGUCCAAGUUCACCAUCAGGUUCACUACCCUGAAUGACUCUGUGAAGGGGCUGGGUCGCACAGUCCAGGGGCACGGGAACGCCCUCAUAGACCUGGGCUCUACCAAGGAUAACAUCAUGUCCGAGUUGGACAAGGUGCAGACAGAGCUGGACGAGCACAUCGAGGACACCAGGGGGCGCUUCACUGACCUGGGCCGGGAGAUAAAGACCAUCACCAGUAACUACGUGACGGAGAUAGGGGAGUGUCGUCGGUCUGGGGACGGGCUGGACAAGAGGCUGUCCAAGAUGGAGGAGGUCUGUGGUCGGCUGGAUGGUGUCUCCAACAGCCUGGCCAAGAUCAAGGAGGGGCUGAACAGACAUGUGUCAGGGCUGUGGAACUGUGUCAACACGCUCAACUCUACGGUCAUCUUCCACGACGAGUCCAUCGACAACAUCCAGCAUGUCCAGCUUCCAGACGUCCACUCUGACAUCAACAGGCUCAACACCUCUGUCCUCGACGUCCUCAAGGGGUUCUACAGCUUUAAACAACAGGACUUUGUCGGUUCGCCUGGGCUGCCCGGUCUGAGGGGAGAGAGGGGCUACACUGGACUCCCAGGGCCAAAGGGACCCCAAGGAGGAGAAGGGCCCCAAGGCAAACCUGGCAAGGAGGGGCCCCUGGGACCUCCAGGUCUGAGAGGAGAAGAAGGUCCAGCAGGAUCAGAUGCCCAUGUUCCUCGUCUGUCCUUCUCAGCAGCUCUGACCCGCCCUCAGGCCAGGGCUGGAACCAUAGUCUUCAACAAGGUCUUUGUCAAUGAGAAGGAUGUCUAUAACCCACGCACAGGUUACUUCACAGCCCCAGUGAGUGGUAAAUACUUCUUCAGCGCUACCCUAACAGGCCAUAAGAAUGUGAAGAUUGAGGCUGUCCUAUCUAAGUCCAACUACGGCGUGGCGCGCGGGGACUCUGCAGGCUACCAACCAGAGGGGCUGGAGAAACCCAUGGCAGAGGCCAGACAUACGCCUGGAGCCCUGGCUGUCUUCAACAUCAUCCUCCCUAUGGAGGUGGGAGAUACUGUCUGCAUCGACCUGGUCACCGGGAAACUGGCCCACUCCUCAGAACCCCUCACCAUCUUCAGCGGGAUGCUGCUGUAUGAGACCGUCUGAUUGGGCGCAGACUGUCAGUGUGAGGCCUAAUGAUUGGAUGGUCUGGAGGAGAGGGAUGAGCCUAAAUGGUGCUUACAGAGACAGACAGACGUGACUGAGAGGACAGUUUCUUGAGAUCAACAAUGGAAUCCAACCAGCGAGAGAUAUGCUGUACCUUCAUGAAUUAAAAAUAAGAAAGAAAAUGUACUUUUAUCCAUCCAUUUGAUUUGUGUUUCACAACUUGGAGCAAACAGCCAUCCCACUGGGCACAGAUGUCAAUUCAAAGUCUAUUCCACGUUGGUUCAAUUUAAUUACAUUGAAAUGACGUGGAAACAACCAUUGUGUUCCCAGUGGGGUUAAUCUUUAUUUCUUUGACGUUAAUUUCCUUUAGAAAGAGAUGCCACUGCAGGGUUUUACAUUUUAUAUUGUUAGAUUUGUUUGUUCGGCACUAUCAACUUGAAUAUUUCAGUUAUUUUCAAAAGCUGGCCUGGAGGUCUCACACAUAUUGUUUAACGUCAAAGUAAACUAUAGAUCACAACAUAAUGAAAAUUAUUUUUUGUUCCAUGUAGACUUCUACAUCCACAAAUAUGACUCUGGGAUGGUUUUAUGUUCUAGAAUCUGUUUAUUGCACACAUUCUAUGUCAAAGUGGUUCUGAAGUAUUUUGUAUAUUCAGUCUAAAUCACACACUUUAUCUAUUUCACGGAUGCAAACAGAUUGAAGAGAAAUGCAACAAUAAGCAAAUUUUUCUCAAGUAACAAAGCAAUUUCAGGGUGGGGGAUCAGACCAGCAAACAAACAAAGUUCUAUUGGUGCUCAUUAUGAAUUAUUUGUUCUAGAACUCAAACAGGAAAAACAUUUGAGGAACAUUCCAUUAAUGUGUUCCAGAACUCUAACUGAAAAAUACAUGUUGAGGAACAUUCCAACAAAAUAGGAAAAAAUGCCAAGGGGGGUGAAUACUUCCGCAAGCCACUGUAAACUUGGUGGAGGUCGAGGAUCAACUGUAAAACGUGUGUAUCUGUCCCUCUCUGUUUCUCUGUCAAACAUAUUUAGAGCCACAGAUAACACUAAAGAUGAAGAGGGUACACAUCCCUCUGUCCCUCCAUUCAUUUGGACCUCGCCAAGAAACCAAGUACGUCCCAAAUGGCACUAUAUUCCCUAACUAGUGCAUUACUUUUGACCAGUACUGCACUAGAUAGGGAAAAGGGGUGCCAUUUGGGAUGAAACCCAUGUUUCCUGUGUCCUUCCUUACUAGACCAAUUAAAAUGCCUUUCCUUUCUCAAAGUAUUUUAAUUCAGUCCGACAUACAGUACAGUACAGUGCAGUGCAGGACAGGACAGGACAGGACAGGAAGACACUCUAGUGGAAUGUUCAUAUGUUGACACUAUCGAGGAACAUUAUCAUCAUAAAUUACAUUCAUGGCUCUGUCCCAAAUGGCAUCCUAUUCUAAGUAUAGUGCACUACUUUUGACCAAGUGCACUAUAUAUAGAAAGAGGAUGCACAUUUGUAUUUUUGCCAGAUGUUGCCAGAAUUCCCUAAAGCCUUGAACCAGCCAGUUUGGAAAUGCAAUUUACUUGGUAAUAUGUUUUUUGUAUGCGUUGAUGUACAACCUCAAUAGUUUGUAAAUAUUUGUAUAUUUUUUGGCCAUAUAUUAGUAACUUGUUGUGACUUAUCACUGUAUGUAAUAUUUUUUUUUAUAUCAGGUUUGUGUUUUUGUUUGUUUGCCACAUGUGACUCCAAUACAGAUCACUUUUCCACCAGUAGUCUUAACUCUUGUUACUAAUAAUAAGGAAGACGCUGAAUACAAAGAUGUGAUCUUGAGCUUCACAUUAACUGAAGUAUAUAGCAAUAAAAAAAAUACACUGAACAAAAAUAUAAACGCAACAUGCAACAA